CUGGCAGCAGGCAGCUCCCUCUCCGCUCACCUGGUCCACAAUGGAGGGGCGUGAAACUGCCGGAGAUGAUAUAUAACCAGUGGGAUGAGGGCAGGUGCACGGCAUUUACCAGCUGCAUACCACACAAGAUGCUGAGAGCGGGCAUAAUUGCCAUGUACCUUGCCGCAGCAGUUACCAGCACCUUGUCUUUCCCUGAUAUCUCAUCUACUAUACCACCAAACAGUCACACACGGAUUAAGAGAUGUUCCUGCAAUAACUGGAUGGACAAGGAGUGUAUAUAUUUUUGUCAUCUGGAUAUUAUUUGGAUAAAUACAGGAAGUCAAACCCUGCCUUAUGGACUAGGGAGCCCAAGAAGGCGUCGGCGAAGAGCAACUGCACGGUGUCGGUGUGCUGACAUAAAGGACAGGAACUGUGUCAGCUUCUGCCACCAGAAUGAGGCACAGAGCAUUGCUGAUCAGAAACCAAGAGCAGCGGAGGAAAUGUUACCACUGAACUACGUCCUAAACCUGAAGAAGUCUCAAGUCCACCUUUUGCAUGUUCUCCGAGAUAUUGCCACAAACAGGGGAAUCAUGUAUGCCAGAAAACUCUUCCCAUCCACUUCCUCUAAACUGCCCUCAGACUCUGUAUGGAAGAGAAAAAGAUAAGAAGCUGCAAAACAUUGAGCUACAGUAGAAGGAGAGAUGAUGGAAAGAGUGAGGUCUUGCAAAGCUUAUGGAGCUUUUCGAUGCAUCUGGUAAAACCUGUACUAUACCGGGAAUCUUGGUGUAGAAGACCAACUAAGGCUGUUCAGCCAUUUGGGAAGAGCAAAGGAACAGUUUUCUAUGAUACUAGAGAACAUUAAGCCUCCAAAUAAUGAUGUACUAGACUAAGGAAAUACAGUACCAGCAUCUACUGAGUGUGGAGGAGCGAUGACUGACAUAUAUGUCAGCAUGUGGAAUUUAGACUCUUAUUUUAUGCUUCUGUUUUCAUGAGGCGCACAAACAAACUGCAUUCAGCUCCUGGUGGAGUAGAAAGUAUUUGAUUACUGUUGAUCAAGUGGCAUCAUAAAUUGGGUUGACGAGGGAGGACUUUAUAAGGAGAUGCAUGCAGUUGUCAAAAAGUGAUAUAAAGGUAAUGCAGAUGGACAAGAAUAAGAAAAAUAGCACUGCCAUCUCUGUAUAUUGGGUAUGAUGAACUGUGCCUUACAAAAUACCCUGCCUUACAUACAGUAUAUACAGCUUAGGUUGGGGUAUGUAAGGGUUUAUAAACUCUAUUCUUAUUAUUUCAUUUCAAAAUUUAGGGACUUGGUUCAGGGCUUUGUGAAUCCCUAUUUUAGGUGUAAAUGAACUGUGAUGACUGCUGUGUGGGUGUGGCCAGUGCCAUGUACAUCCCCUACACUAUCAGCCCCAAUGACACCCUAAAUGUGUAAAAGUAGAAAAAUUGUAUCAUUUUGUGAGGAAAACAGAAAUACAAUUUUAAUACUUAUGAUUUAUUGCCGACUGUGUGGCCAGCUAGGUGGCCGGUCAUCAACAGUGGGCGCUAAGUGUUUUCACAGAUACAUUUAUUUAGCACAAUAGGUUGAAUGGAUGACACAAUAUAAAAAAAGAGAAUAAUGCAUACAAUAAAACUCUUUGUCUGUCUGUUAUUACCCAGUCUUGUUUUAUUACUGUUUGUUCCCAAUUGUAAAGCAUUAUGGAAGGGUAGUGAACAGUUGGAAUAGCCUACCAUCUCAGGUGGUAGAAACCAAUACAGGGGGGUGAACAAGUGGUAUGGUAGUAGACAAGUGGAAUAUCCUCCCAUCAGAGGUGGUAGAGGCUAAGAUAGUAGAGCAAUUUAAACAUGGUUGGGACGGACAUAAGGAUAUCUUUCAAAGAAAUAAGGAUCAAAUAAGGUUUGAGGUAACAAUAUGGUUAAAAAAGGAGCAGACUAGAUGGGCCAAGUGGUUCUUAUCUGCUGUCAAAAUCUGUGUUUCUAUGGAAUAUGCUAUCGCUAUAUGAGUAACUGUUAAUAAUAUUAUCAACAGAUUAUGCAUUUCUUCAGGGAUUUAUACUAUAUUGUUAACAAAUAUGUAGCUAAAACAUGUACAGCAAAAUUAUAAUAAUACCCGUGGACCACGGCUAUGUUUACUUCUUACAGACUUUUGGUUUUCUUAACAGAGGGAAAGUUAAGCUUUACCUCUAACGCAGUGUAACUUUUAUAAAUCAAACUAUCAGCUUUUGGGGCCAGAGGGCAUUUCCCGCUACACACCCUUCUAAGGCUAUGACACCUGAUGUACUGUAGGAGUGUUGAUAAGAUAUCUCACCUGACGUAUAUGAAGUGACAUCUCCGCCUGAUAAUUUAUGAAAUAGCAAUUAUUAUCAGCAUAUAAAGGUAUCUGAUGUAUAUUGUAUUUAUUGAUGACCAUACUUUCAUGUAUGUAUAGACGUGUGGAGAUUGAGUUAUUUAAUUUAUGAUUGAAUUAUUCA